AUGUCUGACACGCCGGAAGGUAUUGUUGAAUACGCCUACGACAACAUCACAGAAUGGUAUCUGCAGUGGGUCAAGAGCCAGAAGUCGCCGCGAGAAAGAUACACCCAGAUGCUCCUAGACAAGCUACCAGAGCCGUCACCCUCCAUUCUAGAGCUUGGCUGUGGGCCCGGGGUUCCCAUUAUGAAGAUGCUUCUGGACCACGGCGCGCAGGUCGUCGCCAAUGACAUCUCAGCCAAGCAGAUCGAGAUGGCCAAGGCCCGUUGUCCAGGGGCGCAGCUGAUCGCGGGUAACAUGACGGCCCUCACGUUCGAGCCUGCCCGCUUCCAUGGGGUAACCAGCUUCUAUACGCUGUUCCACCUCCCGCGGGUGCAGCUCAAGGCCAUGCUCACCAAGAUCCAUGGCUGGCUGAAGCCCGGGGGGGUCUUUGUGUUGAAUCUGGCGACUCUCGACGAAGAAGAAAUCCAUGGCGAAUUCCUGGGAUAUGGGAUGUUCUGGAGCAGCUAUGGGGUCGACGAGAAUCGGGCAAUGCUAGUGGAAAUCGGGUUUGAUGUAUUGCAGGUGGAGGUAUUGCACGCGGGCGAUGGGACGUUGGAGGAGGGCGAUCCGGACUUUGAUGCCGAGUUUAUGUGGGUCAUGGUACAGAAGAAAUAA